CCCCCCCCCAAAAAAAUACCGCACCGAUCCUCACCUCCUCGAUACAACGAUCUACUAUUCAAGGAAACAAGAAGCAAGCACAGAAGAGGACGCAAGAGGAACACUAGCACACUUUCGUUACAAUCCAUGUCGACUCUACUCAGGAUCCCUGGGCUAUCUGCUCGGAGCAGCCUAUCGAGGACAAUCCUUGGUUCAGGACAUUGCAGGCCACUUUCGUCCACGCUGCCUUUCAGGAACAGAACAUGGGCCACGAAUGCCUUCUCAACCAGCUCGCCAGCAUCAUACUCUCUCGAAAAGAAGUCUCUCAGUAAAAAGAUCACCAUACCCAAGGAUCCGUAUCUGCUUUCGGAAAAGGUCGUAAAGUUCGCAAAGAAUGGCAAGUUGGAUGAUGCCAUCACCCUCGUCCUCGAGGCCCCAAAGAGCCGCCAGAAUGAAAUCGUAUGGAAUCACCUUAUCCAAGAGUCUUCUAAGCUGGGGAAAACCAAUCAGUCUUGGCAGCUUCUGAGCGAUAUGAAGAAGAGAGGGUUUGAGCCUAGCGAUCGGACAUAUACCAUUCUGCUCAAUGCGCUUGCCAUCAACACGUCGUCUCCUAACAGUGUCUCUAGAGCAAAAGCCCUCUAUCAACAGAUGCAGGACAGCGAAGACACACUUCCGACGGCAACCCAUACCAAUGCGCUACUCAAGGUCUGCGCAUACAAACCGGAUUAUGAAUCUCUGCAGGAAGUCUAUGAAGGUAUGCCCAAAUCAGGACCCAGCGCUCCUGAUGUCGUUACAUUCAGCAUCCUCAUCAAUUCGUUUGCGCGCAUGGGUGGCGACAAGGGCUUUGAGAUGGCAUGGAAGAUCUGGGAGGAUUGUUUGGAAGCCAAGACAAGACGUCCGGAUGAAAUCGAGAUAGACCAGGCUUUGGUGGACGCCGUCCUGUUGGCCUGCAGACAAGCCAGGAGCUCGUCGUUUAUCAAGAGAGGGUAUCGCCUUGUGGAAUCAUUGUAUGGUCUGAGUCUCACAUCAUCUGGAUCGGCGGGAUCGGAUCGGACAUCUGCUACGGACCGUACCAUCUCGCCUGGAAAAGCACUCGGCCUUGGAACUAUCUUGAGAGGGGACACCAUUCAGCCUAGGACAGUUGAACUACUUGUUUCCAUCAGCGCGAAACUCAAGGAGUAUCGCAAGGCAGAAGACAUCAUGGAGCUCAUCCGCACGAACUACCCUGACUUCAGACCCGAUUCUCAGCUUCUGGCCUCAUUGAUGCAUCUCCAUAUCAGUACGAAGGAAUACAAAAAGGCAAUACAAAAGUGGGACGAAAUCAACAUAUUCGGCCUUCAGCACACCCCAGCAACCUUCAAGCAAGGCCUCGACGCAGCACUUAAGAUCAGGAGCUGGGACAAGACGCUAGAGAUGUACACGGAAAUGAGGAAUCAGAUUAGACAGAAUAAGAGCAUAGACACAAAUUAUCGCCGGCCAGUGAAUCCUCUUGUUGAUCACCAGGAUGCCUGGACGUUAGCUUCGACUUUGAAGUGCGCUGUCAAGACUAAGCACAUUCCUGAGGCAGUACAGAUCCUUCAGGAGACGCGCUGGACCAAUGUUGUACGGAAUACUCGGUAUCCUCGGGCGAAUGCAGAUGUGGCGGAAUUGGCAGUCAAGAUCUACACUGGCGCACUGAAGGCAACCAAUUCGAACAAGGCGACAACGUCAAGCACAGAUCGAGACGAGCGAUGGCAAUUAGGCGAGGAAGAGCUCGAGAAGGAGCUGCAGACUGCCAGGGAUCUUCACACACGCCUUGUUCAAACCCUGGCCAGGUACGAUGAAGAGAAGGCAAAAAGGGAGACGGAGGAUAAGGAGGCUAGCAGGAAUAGGAGAGUGCAGCGCCCUCCUUCGGUAAGCUCGACCAAAGAAGAGGAGCCAGGGUCGAGUUGGCGCGAACUCGGGAAGGACGAGGGAAGCGACGGAUACCGGGGACAGAGGAACAGUGGAAACGGCGCCAAUCGCCGAGGCCACCGCGACGGCCGCAGCAAAGAGCGCGGUGGAUUUGAAGCUGCAUUCCGGCCCUCGAAGUCGUUUUCGCGUGAGGUCUACUAGGCGACAAAUAAACGUCUCAUAGAGUAACUAUGCUAACCA